AUGACAACUUGCCAUUCUUUAGAAUAUGAUCAUUUCAGCGGUUUUAUCCCUCUAUACCUCCCUUUUCAGUUGCUUGUCACCUCCAAUGACUCCAGAGUUCGCUUGAUUGAUGCUCGUGACUAUCACACCCUCUGCAAGUACCGCGGUUUUGUCAAUGAGAGCAGUCAAAUUCGAGCUUCUUUCAGCCCGACAGCCCGGUACAUAAUUUCCGGAUCGGAGAACUGCUUCUUCUACAUCUGGCGCAAGCAGGUUGACUUCCUGAAUGUGUCUCGCUUCUCCACCUCGCGCAAGGACCGCAACAACUACUGGGAGUCCAUCAAAGCCCACGAUGCCGCGGUUACAGUGGCCAUCUUUCUGCCAAACCCAGGCCUGUUGUUGGACAAGCGACUGCGUCGAUGGAACUCGGCCCGUCGUCGGACUGGUGGUGACCUCAGACUGCGUUCCUACCUCGGUGACAGCAAAGCCGGUGUUGGUCCCAACUCGCGCCACAUGCCAUACUUCGGCGAA